AAGAGUUCCAGCUUCAUCACGGAGUUUCUCUCGGUUUGUGGGCUCAUCUAAAGAGAUCAAAUACACAUAAAUAUUCUUUUGUGUCCCAGCUGAUCAGCAGCAGGAGAGUCUGACGGAGGAACAUUUUCAGCCAUUUGGACUCAGCUCAGCCGCUACAGAGGAAACAAUGACUUCAACACAAAAGGACCAACAUGGAGCAAGAAGUCAGCGCUCUCAGGAGGCCGACAAACCUCACAGAAGAACGGGAGAGAAAAUAUACAGCUGUGAUGAGUGUGGGAAGGAUUUUACUCAGAAGACUCACCUAAAACAUCAUCAGUUCAUCCACACUGGGGAGAGACCAUUCAUCUGUGACUUGUGUGGAAAGUCUUUUAGACAGCCUGCAAACUUAAAAAAACACCAAGUCAUCCACAGUGGAGUUAAACCAUACAGCUGUGAUGAGUGUGGUAAAGCUUUUGCUGUCAGAGGCAACUUACGGCGUCAUCAAGUUACCCACUCUGAAACUAAGGCGUACAGCUGCGACAUUUGUGGGAAAACUUUCACUCAUCUAGCAUACCGAAAUACUCACCUACGCAUCCACACUAGACAAGAUGUUUACUGCUGCGAUCAGUGUGGGAAACCGUUUGUGACAUACUACGAAUUACAGCACCACAUGCUUACCCACACUGAGGAGAGACCUUAUAAAUGUGACCUGUGUGAUAAGGCUUUUAAAGAGCCACAUUCCCUGAGAAGACACGAACAGAUCCACAUCAGAAAGAAACUCUACAAGUGCAGUUACUGUGAGAAGCAGAGCGACACAGAUGGAUCCAGUUCUCAACCCUGUCGUCACUGUGGUGGUGGGAAAGCGUUGCGUUGUGACCUUUGUGGAAAAACUUUCAAUAAUGAAAAGAGCCUAAAGCUACAUCAACGCAGACACACUGGAGACAAAAUGAACUACUGCAAAGAAUGUGGGAGAGGCUUCCCCACUCCAAGUGCAUUAAAAGAACAUGAACUCUAUCACAGUGGGGUUAAAAAGCACGUCUGUGACCUGUGUGGGUCAUCCUUCACCACUGCAGAUCAUCUUAAAGUGCAUAAACGAGUCCACACAGGAGAGAAACCAUACAAGUGCAGACACUGUGACAGAAGCUUCUCGUAUUCAGGGAGUCGUAACAAUCAUGAACGUACACACAUUGAAGGGAACUUCAGCUGUGACCAGUGUGACAAGAGCUUCAAGAAUCUCAGUUCAUACUCCACACACAAGCGAUCCCACGCUGUAAAUAAACUGUUUCACUGUUACCAAUGUGCAAAAACAUUCACUUCAUUAUCUGCUCUGCACAAACAUCAGCGUGAUCAUGACAAUGGCUGAAAUCAUUCCUAUCAUCAUAAUGAAUCUGAAGAGACAGACAGUUUUGUUGCAUUUGAAAAGUUUGAUGUGAAAGCUGCUGUCAUUUCUGCUGAAAUCCCUCAUCUGUUAUACAUCAGGUUUCUCUCAAUUUUUCCUUUUUUCCUUUAAUGUUUAUUUGAAUUUUAAUUCUAAAAAUGUUAUCCUUAUUACAUGAUCAUUUUUCCUCCACUUGGAAACAGUAUUUAGUUGUAGUAAUAAUAAUAGUACUAUAAUCAAAGAAAUGUCUCACUGAUCUCUUAAUUGUCUAUGUAUCACAGGCAUUCAAGCUGUAAAUAGUUAUAUCAUUACUUAAAAAGUCAUCUCAGGAUUCAGCUUGAAAACUAAAAACUUGCUGAAAAGCCUUCAGUUAAUCCAAAAUGCUGCAGCAAGAGUCCUGACAGGGACUAGAAAGAGAGAGCAGAUUUCUCCUGUUUUGGCUUCCCUUCAUUGGCUUCCUGUUAAAUCCAGAAUUCAAAGUCCUGCUCCUCACAUACAAGGUCUUAAAUAAUCAGGCCCCAUCUUAUCUUAAUGACCUUGUAGUACCAUAUCACCCUAUUAGAGCACUUCGCUCUCGCACUGCAGGCCUACUUGUUGUUCCUAGAGUAUUUAAAAGUAGAAUGGGAGGCAGAGCCUUCAGUCCUCUAUUUUAAUUCUGGUACAGUCCAAAGAUGCUUUCUGUUAUUGUGGUCCUGUCACCUGCUGACUUGAGAUCAGUUUGCAUAUAUUAAAAACAGACUCCAGACCUUUUUAUUCAUUAGUGGUGUUUAGUUUAGUUUAGUUUAGUUCUGUUUGCUGUUUUCACUGCCUUAAACUGUUGUAAACCUAAACAGGUUUUUAUGUCUUUAUCUUCUGUGUUAAGAAUAUUUAGUUUACAUGUAAUGAAAUGUGUGAUAUAAAUAAAAUUGCCAUUGUCAGAGACGUCUUAAUUCUUCAUGACAGAUUUAACAAGUAGGAGAAUCAUUCCUCAUAACCAGAGAUGUAAGAAAAAUAUCGAUAUGAAAUAUCGAUCGAAAAUCACAAUAUUUUGUUUUAUGAUACUGAAUCGAUAUUCAAAAGCAGUGUUAUUGAUUUUUUAUUGAUAA